UUUAAGCGCCGCCCCCGCCAAUAGUUCCGUCCUUCUCGCGUCCCAAAGCCUCACCCGCUGUUCACCUGCUUCUCCGACUCAAACGGGCAGCCGCUUCACUACAAUAUCGCCAAGUGACCAAUCAGAGCUCGAAAGAAAAGAAUCCUCAGACUAAGCGGCCGCUUCUUUCGUAGUUGUCUGCGCUGACUGUGGCUAAACGCGCCGGCCGUUGGUGUUUCGCGGCGGCUAUUUAACUGCGCAUGCGCGUCUCAUCGUGGGGUGGGAAAGUGUUUGACCUGCUUAUUACGAGUGGCAUACAUAAUGUUCCUACCUCCUGUUUUCCCUGCAGCAGCAACCCUGUGGGGUAACAUUAUGCCCACACUAAUUUUUCUGUUAAAUCAAGUUACAUUUCUGUACUCUAGCCAUAUGUAUCCUUGUUUCCUAUACAUGUUGAAAUUUUAUCCAGAAUGCUUUUUUUAGUAAUAGUACUACUCUUUAAUGGAAUAAUUUCUUACUCCAAUGGUAAAUCUGUUAGCAAGCCAGUGCCAAGAUUACUUCUGGUGUCUUUUGAUGGCUUCAGGGCUGAUUAUUUGAAGAAAUACGAACUUCCACAUCUCCUGGAUUUUAUUAAGGCUGGUGUAUUAGUAGAACAUGUUACCAAUGCUUUCAUCACAAAAACUUUUCCAAAUCACUACAGUAUAGUCACAGGCCUGUAUGAAGAAAGCCAUGGUAUUGUAGCAAAUGAAAUGUUUGACAUUGAUACAAAGAAGAAUUUUUCACAGUUUAAUGAUACCGAUUCUUUCUGGUGGGAUGAAGCAAUUCCUAUUUGGGUGAGCAAUGAAUGGCAGAACAAAACAAGUGCUUCUGCAAUGUGGCCAGGCACAGAUGUAAACAUUCAUAAUACUCUUCCUCACUUUUUUAUGAAAUACAAUUCUUCAGUAAGCUUCAGUGAACGUGUAGAAAAGAUUAUUGAAUGGCUGAAUAGUUCUAAUCCAUUAGUUACUUUUGCUACUCUUUAUUGGGAAGAACCAGAUGCAAGUGGACACAAGUAUGGACCAGAAGAUACUAAGAAUAUGGCUAAAGUAUUACAAGAAGUAGAUAAGCAUAUUGGCCUUCUUGUUGAGAAGCUCAAAGUUUCAAAGUUGUGGGAAGAAAUUAAUGUUAUCAUUACAAGUGAUCAUGGCAUGGCACAGUGCUCUCAGGAGAGAUUAAUCAAACUGGAUGAUUGCAUUGAUCGUAGCAGCUAUGUGCUAAUAGACAGAAGCCCAGUUGCUGCCAUAUUGCCAAAUAAUGUGACACAUGUAUAUAACUUAAUGAAAAACUGCAGCCCUUAUAUGAAAGUUUAUCUUAAAGAAGAAAUUCCAGAGCGAUAUCAUUACCAUCACAAUAAGCGCAUUCAGCCAAUAAUUUUGGUUGCAGAUGAAGGCUGGACAAUUGUACAGAAUGGGUCUCUUCCCAGAUUAGGAGACCACGGCUAUGAUGAUACUCUUCCAAGUAUGCAGCCAUUUUUGGCAGCUCACGGACCUGCUUUCCGUAAAAAUUACAGACUAAAUUCAAUCCGUACUAUUGAUAUUUAUCCAAUGAUGUGUCAUAUUUUAGGGUUGAAAUCCCAACCUAAUAAUGGCACUUUGAGCAAUUCCAAGUGUUUAUUAGUUGACCAGUGGUGCAUAAAUGUUCCUGAAGCGAUUGGAAUAGUUAUUGGUGUCUUUAUGAUAUUAACUGCUCUGAUGUGCUUUAUAGUAAUCACAAAGAACAGAACUCCUUCUCCAAGUCCAUUUUCAAGACUCCAGCUUCAGGAAGAUGAUGAUGAUCCUUUAAUAGGAUAAGACCCCUGUUCUGACUUUUGUUUUGAAAAGACAUUACAGAAAUAUAAGUUAUGUUGGCUAAUAACAUGAUGCACUUUAAUAAAGAUCCACCAAAACUACAGAAGAAGAACAUUGUCUCUCUGAAAAAAAAAUCUUGAAUAGAAUUUAUUUUCUAAUAGAAAAUUAAUAGUAGUAAAACUUAUUUAUUUCUAAAUGAUAAGGAAAAAGAUUAUUUGUGAGUGAAUCUGCUUGCAUAUAUUUGAUGAACAAUUGCUUAGAGAUAUUGUGGCAUUUCCUGAAAUUAGACAGGAGCCUCUUCAGCAACAAUCACAACUUUAAAAAGCAGGGUAAACUAGGCAACCAAGGCCUUGCCCAUUUUGAUGUGCACAGUUCUUUGAUUGCCCAGUCAUCCCUGCCCUUUUGAAGCCAGUGAAUUGUCAUUUCAGAUGUCCCUGAAACUGGUUGGAAAAAAUAUAAACCGUCAUGAAAUUCUUUAUAAAGCAGAUUAUAAUUGUGAAAAUAAUCCAGAUUUAUUUUCCAUUUUGGGAGUAGUUGCUAUAAUAGUUUAAUUUAGAAGCUGUUAAUAUCUAGGAGUCAUAAUUCUAGAGCACUGUGUACUCUAUGUCAGUCUCUGCAAACUGGAUGUUUCCUUUAUUUCAAGCUGUUGGAAAACCGUUCAUGCAGGUAUAUCUUCAAGCUACACUAAGCAAAAAGAAAUAGCAUGUCAUACUACUACUAUAAAUGUCCCAAAGCAGAUAGAUUAUAUCUUAAAGCAGAUAGAUUAUAUCUUAAAUCAUUUUUCAUAAGCUGAUUCUAAACAUAGUUUAAUAUGUCUUUCUCUAUUUAGACAGGUAUGGUGUUUUCAAUAAGAAGGGUUUUGGAAAGCAAAAGGGACAGUUAAAAAUGGCUUUCUGCUGCUUGCAAUUUGUAUAUGAUUCUGUACUGUACAUUCAGUUAAUUGACAUGUUCAGCAAUGAUGAUUAUUUGGUUUUUUAAAUUCCUAAUAAUUGCUUGAUUUAAAGUAGACUAUUUGUAAUAGGCAGAUAAUAUGCAAUACCAUUUGUGUUCGUCUGUUUCAUUCUGAAAGAGUUCAGGGGAAGUGAAUACUUAAGGCAUAGGAGGACACAUAAUUUUCAUUGGUAUUUCAAGCGUUCCAAAUUUAACUUCAGUUUCUUUGCUUGCCUUCUUUAAGAAAUGAUGGUGGAAUCUUUGUAAUCUGCAACACUCCAUGAAGAUACAACCAUACUUAUCUGAUAACAGGUGUUGUAAAAAAAUAAUCCAGAACUACAAUAUUGAUUAAGAGAUGUGCUAUUUAAAUAAUUGUGUAACAGUCCUCCCCAAAAGCAGAAGCAGCUUUUCAGUGCCUUAUUUAAGCAAUAGUGACACUGAGGGAGGAGUUUCUGACAUCAACUGAUAUUUCCCAUUUGGCAUUUGUGCAUGAGAUAAGGGAACCCAUUCAAACUCAGUUUCUUCUUACUAAGGUGACACCUUGGUAUUCUACUUGUUGGAAUAAACCAGAAUCUUUAAAUUAGAAGUACAGUGAAAUUUAGUCUUUUAAGAAGUAAAACAAUUUCUCUUCAGGAUUACUUAAUUUAUUUCACUUCCAUAGAAAAGAGAAACUCAACCUUCUUUCAAAAGAUCAUUCUAUUACAUAAUGAGAAGCAAUGCUUGGCAUUAUCAAAAAGAAAACAUGUUUUGGAAGUAAAUAGGAAGGUUUUUUUGUUUUUGCUUUGAAAAUUGGCAUCCUAAUAGGAAAGACUUAAAUAACUAGUUUGUACAAGGAUAUUUGUAACUGUUCUACACAAAUUUAAUAUUUCAGGGACUCUUCCAGAUUUUGAUAACCAUAGCAUAAAUAAUAGGAAAUAAAGGGCAAUUGUGAAAAACUUUAAAAAGCUUAAAACUCCUUAAAUAAAGCUAAUUAGAUAAUGGACCUCAAGUAGCAAACAAUUCAUCAAAGGAAAUGUGAAUUAAUGUGAAAAAAGCUGUUACAGUAUAUUUUUUAUCCUUCAUCUCAAGACCACUGGCCACUAUUACCAAAAAUGUUACAUAUUUUGGGAAUACUGACUUGUUAUCUCUGCAAUUAUUAGGGAUAAAUUUAUACUGAGAAAAUAAAUUUCAGUAAUGAACUAUGUUAUUUUUUUAAAAGACUAUUGGGAUAUCUUUGUAACUGAGGAUUUUGGACAAUCUGUUGACUUUGAUUCAAGAGGCUAUUGCACUUUUUCAGUAUUAAGGUUUAUGCUUUCUUACUUUUAGAUUCAAGUACUUUUUCAUUCAUUCUAAAGUUUUUGCCAGUCAAAAUUAUAUUAACAUUCAGAACAGCCAUUUUUUUUUUCUUGUCUACAAGCUAUUCUCUCUUACUUCCUAAAAACUUAAAAUUGCAUAAUAAACGUUCUGGUUUAGUUUUA